AUGUCAUUCCCUCAGUUACUGAUGACCUGCUCCACGCUAUUGGCGUGCGUAACUGGCCGUGGACCGUACUGGGACCUGACUAGUGACGUCACUAGUAACUACUCUAGUUACCAGAAGUGGGACGCCAUGCAAGUGGCUGAGUGGGCCCCGGCGCACGCUAGGGUCAAUGGGUCCAGACUCAUGCUGCUCCCUGACUGGUGCACGUGUGUGGAGGCGUGCAGAAUGCAGUUGUCGUGCUUGUCAGUAUCAGUGCGCGCUGCCUCUGACGUGAGCGUCAACUGCAGCCUGUCAGACGUACGAGGCAACCUGACCACCAUGAUACCAGCGAGCGGCUACACGCACUACCAGCGCUCAGGCGUAGCUCGUCUCCAGGACCACUGCCGGACCGACGACGAGUGUGCGAGCAGCGACGUGUUCUCGGUGUGUCGUGACGGCGCCUGCACGUGUCGCAACGGCACCGUUGCGGACGUGAACGGCUGUGCAGUUAACUGCAGCAGCGGAUGGUUCCGAGUCGACUUAUCAGACCGCAGCAACUGCUACUUCAUCAGCACCGACAGGAUCUUCAGCAGCGCAGCCGUGGACGCUUGUCAGUCCCGGGGCGGCGUGCUCGCUGACAUCAUCAGUCAAGAGGAGCAGGACGCGCUGGCAAGUCAGUCAACUCAGUCAGCAAUACUUUAG